UUUACGGAGCGCAGGACGAUGAUACCGCCAGGAGACUGCAUGUAUGCGGGCAGGAAAAGAAGGAAACCCGUUCAAAAGCAGAAACCAGCGACUGUGAGUGAGAAGUCCAACCCAUCCAAGAGGCACCGGGACCGCCUGAACGCGGAGCUGGACCGGCUGGCCAGCAUGCUACCUUUUUCCCCAGACAUCAUCUCCAAGCUGGAUAAACUGUCCGUGCUGCGCCUCAGUGUCAGCUACCUCCGGGUCAAGAGUUUCUUCACAGUUAAUCACGAGAAGCCGUCCAGCAGAAAGCACAUCAGUCCAUCCAGCAACUCUGUCCCCGAGCCCAGGAAAGACAGCCUGCCUAAGGCUAUGGGCAACAGCGUCACGGAGAGCGGACUCCUUCUGGAGUCCAUUACUGGCUUUGCGUUGGUGGUGAGCAGCGAUGGAAUGGUUUUCUUUUCCUCCUCAAACAUCGUUGACUAUUUGGGCUUCCAUCAGACGGACGUGAUGCACCAAAACGUCUUUGAUUAUGUCCAUGUGGACGACCGGCAAGAGUUCAGAAGACAGCUCCACUGGGCCAUGAACCCCAGCCAACACCACUUAGUCUCAGGAACUGGUGAGGACUUUGUGGUGAGCAGCCUGUUUCAUUCUCAGGAGACGGGGGGAGUCGCUCCUGAGUUCUCCUCCUUUUUCAACCGCUGUUUCAUGUCCCGCGUGCGCUGCCUGCUGGACAGCACCUCUGGCUUCCUGACCAUGCAGAUCCAGGGCCGACUCAAGUUCCUCCAAGGACAGAAGAAGAAGUGGGGCUCGGGGGCCCUGCUACCCCCCCAGCUGGCCCUAUUCUGUGUGGCCGUGCCCUUUCUGCUGCCCUCCAUCACUGAGAUGAAGAUGAACAACAUGAUGAUGAGGGGCAAGCACAAGAGUGGAGGGGGCAUCAUCACUGCACUGGAAUAUGGUGAGAGAGAGGAGCAGUUGAGGAGGCAGGCUGGCAGUGCGGGGGGGAUGAUUGAUGGCGGGGACCCGCUGCUCCUCAACUGCACCAAACUUGGGGGUCCCCAGCAGCGCCGCCACGCCCCCUGGACGCCCCUCUCCAAAGACAGCCUCAAGUACAAGACAGAGGGGGGCUAUUGUGGACAGGACGAGCCCCUCAACUACUGCAAGACCUCCAUGGGCGGUGCCCCCCACCCCAAAGGCCCAGGCCUGGACUCCCUGUGGCCCAUGCGGCCUGCCUCGGGGCCCAUCCGGGGGGGGCAAGGUGGCGGCUACACCCCCUCUAAUCGACUCGGGAAAGGUGGGCACUAUGGCAAGCCCUACCGCAUGUCCCCCAGCAUGUGCCACGGAGGAGGGCGAGGUGGUGAAAUCUACAUGCCCAGGAUGUACGAGAGCUCCGGCGAGUUGGACCUGUACUGCGUGGGAGAGGCGGUGAAGAGCGAGUGCUACGGCAACCUCCUGUUGCCUGAGAUGCCCAUCAAGGUGGAGCAGGACUCGGAUUCGGAGAACGGCUGCGACGCGUAUGGCCGUCCGUGGCCCUGCCGGGAGCCCUUUGACCACCGCUACCACAGCGGCAACAGCUAUGUCGACAACAACGGCCUUCAUAUGAAGUCGGAGGCGGACUACUACGAACAGUACUCGUCGUGCCAGAGGGGCAAGGCUGGCAUCAGCCCCAUCAGCCCGCCCUACAACAACGGCCCCUUCCAGAACUAUAAUAACAUGGGGGGCGGCAGGCCCUUGAAGAGUGUGGUCAAUAAGGACCAGUCCCAGUUCAGUCCCCAGAGGUUGUCCCACUCAGACCCGCUCUGUAGCAGCCAAAGCAUCAACUGCAUCGACGUGUACGCAAGCGGCCCCGUGGAGCACAACAACAAGGGCUACAUGCAGCAGCAGGACAAGUUGGACUACGAGUUUAAAGGUCACGGACCGCCGCGCCAGACCAUCAAGCAGGAGCCCGUGGACUCACCCCAGUGGUCGGACGGCAGCGGCCACGACAUGAGCCAUGCCGUGGGACACUCUCAGAGGAACGUUAUGCCCCACCGUGUGAUGAAUGCUGGCCAGCACAAAGCCAACCCUUGUGUUUAUAUGCAAUAGACGUUGAUCCGCCCCAUACUUCCUCAUUCACCAGCAUAACACAUUGGCAGAAGACAUGCAGGGUAUGGCUCAGGUUUAAAGACUAGUGUGUUGGAGACAAUCAAAGAAAGGAAUGGGGGGGGGGGGGGUUCUAUCUCGAUUUGUUUUGAUGAAUGGAAUAAAUUGUAGUUAUUUAUCCAAAGCACUUUUGAUAUAGUGAUUCAAAUAUUUUCUAGAGUCACAUUUCUGUUUGUGUUGUGUGUGUAUACCUGCAUUUUCUGGAGGCUUAUACAUGUGUAUAUAUAUACAGUGUAGAAAAUACACAGAACACAGAAUUGGGUGAUACAGGAUGAGAGAGAGAGAGAGAGAGUGAUUUUGCUGUUAACAUUUGACCUCAAUAAAUUAUUUUCUGUCAAGGUCGGUUUACCCAAAGAGGUCUGUGACGUGCAUGCUCUUUUCAGUCAGGAAAAAUUAAUUAAAGGUUCAAUUGAAUACGCUCCAGUCUGGGUAUGUGUGUGACGUGUCUACGUGAGAGAGUGUAUGUGUGUAGUGUCUAUGUGAGAGAGUGUGUGUGUGUGUGUGACGUGUCUAUGUGAGAGAGUGUGUGUGACGUGUCUAUGUGAGAGAGAGAAUGUGUGUGACGUGUCUAUGUGAGAGAGUGUAUGUGUGUGUGACGUGUCUACGUGAGAGAGUAUGUGUGUGACGUGUCUAUGUGAGAGAGUAUGUGUGUGUGACGUGUCUAAGUGAGAGUAUAUGUGUGACGUGUCUAUGUGAGAGAGUGUAUGUGUGUGACGUGUCUAUGUGAGAGAGUAUAUGUGUGACGUGUCUAUGUGAGAGAGUGUAUGUGUGUGACGUGUCUAUGUGAGAGAGUGUAUGUGUGUGUGACGUGUCUAUGUGAGAGAGUGUAUGUGUGUGUGACGUGUCUAUGUGAGAGAGUGUAUGUGUGUGACGUGUCUAUGUGAGAGAGUGUAUGUGUGUGUGACGUGUCUAUGUGAGAGGGAGUAUGUGUGUGACGUGUCUAUGUGAGAGAGGGUAUGUGUGUGUGACGUGUCUAUGUGAGAGAGUGUAUGUGUGUGACGUGUCUAUGUGAGAGAGUGUAUGUGUGUGACGUGUCUAUGUGAGAGAGUGUAUGUGUGUGUGACGUGUCUAUGUGAGAGGGAGUAUGUGUGUGACGUGUCUAUGUGAGAGAGGGUAUGUGUGUGUGACGUGUCUAUGUGAGAGAGUGUGUGUGACGUGUCUAUGUGAGAGAAUGUAUGUGUGUGACGUGUCUAUGUGAGAGAGUGUGUGUGUGUGUGUGACGUGUCUAUGUGAGAGAGUGUGUGUGACGUGUCUAUGUGAGAGAAUGUAUGUGUGUGACGUGUCUAUGUGAGAGAGUGUAUGUGUGUGUGACGUGUCUAUGUGAGAGGGAGUAUGUGUGUGACGUGUCUAUGUGAGAGAGGGUAUGUGUGUGACGUGUCUACAUGAGAGAGUGUGUGUGUGUGACGUGUCUAUGUGAGAGAGAGUAUGUGUGUGUGACGUGUCUAUGUGAGAGAGUGUAUGUGUGUGACGUGUCUAUGUGAGAGAGUGUAUGUGUGUGUGACGUGUCUAUGUGAGAGGGAGUAUGUGUGUGACGUGUCUAUGUGAGAGAGGGUAUGUGUGUGACGUGUCUAUGUGAGAGAGUGUGUGUGUGUGUGUGACGUGUCUAUGUGAGAGAGUGUAUGUGUGUGACGUGUCUAUGUGAGAGAGUGUGUGUGACGUGUCUAUGUGAGAGAGGGUAUGUGUGUGUGACGUGUCUAUGUGAGAGAGUGUAUGUGUGUGACGUGUCUAUGUGAGAGAGUGUGUGUGUGUGUGUGACGUGUCUAUGUGAGAGAGUGUGUGUGACGUGUCUAUGUGAGAGAGGGUAUGUGUGUGACGUGUCUAUGUGAGAGAGUGUGUGUGUGUGUGUGACGUGUCUAUGUGAGAGAGUGUGUGUGACGUGUCUAUGUGAGAGGGAGUAUGUGUGUGACGUGUCUAUGUGAGAGAGGGUAUGUGUGUGACGUGUCUAUGUGAGAGAGAGUAUGUGUGUGACGUGUCUAUGUGAGAGAGUGUAUGUGUGUGUGACGUGUCUAUGUGAGAGAGGAUGUGUGUGUGACGUGUCUAUGUGAGAGAGUAUGUGUGUGUGACGUGUCUAUGUGAGAGAGGAUGUGUGUGUGACGUGUCUAUGUGAGAGAGUGUAUGUGUGAGGUAACUGCCCA